ACAGAACAAAAAGAAAUUAAGUAGCACUUGUUGCAAGCUGGGAGCUAGGCAACAGGCCGGCCAGUACUGAUCUGACAGAUCGAGACGGUGGAGAGUUUAAGCUCUGCCACCAUCUUCGACCUUCCCCGCUAGCUUAAAAAGAAACACAAUUAAUUAAGGACUACGUAUGAUUGCGUAUGUACAUCAAAGUAGCUAGCUGCCGGUUUGUGCUAUUUGUUUGUCUCGCAUCCUAGCUAGCUAGCUGCUCUCGAUCGUUUCGACGACUCCUCAUUAAGCUAGCUAGCUAUAUAAUACAAACAAAGAUGCGCAAUAUGGCGAGCUCCGGAGCCUCCGCCCGAGGCAUCGCCGCCAUUGUCGGUGUGGGACCGAAGCUCGGCCGCUCCAUCGCUCGUAGGUUCGCUCACGAGGGCUACACCGUCGCCAUCCUUGCUCGUGACUUAGGGAGGUUGUCGAGGUUUGCAGACGAGAUAGCGAGGGAGGAGAAAGCACAAGUUUUCGCGAUACGAAUCGACUGCUCCGACUCCAAAAGCGUGAAGGAGGCGUUCGAAGGCGUUCUCUCGCUGGGCUUUGUUGAGGUUUUGGUUUACAAUGCGUACAAGCCGGCCAUGUCUUGGAACCCCAUCAACUUCACCGACGUUCGCAUCGACUCCUUUGAGAAGUCCCUCGCCGUCUCCUCCGUUGGUGCCUUCCACUGCGCCCAACAGGUUCUUCCGGGCAUGGUAGAAAGAGGAAAGGGGACAAUUCUAUUCACGGGCUGUUCGGCUUCUCUUAACGGCAUUGCCGGAUUCUCUGAGCUAUGCUGUGGGAAAUUCGCGUUGAGAGCACUAUCACAGUGUCUGGCGAGGGAGUUCCAACCUUUGGGUGUACACGUCGCCCAUGUCGUCAUUGACGGUGUCGUUGGCCCACCCAGGAGUAUUUGCACUUUGGCAGGCCGGGGCCAUCAACGUCGCAAAGGCCGGAGUUGGUUGGGGAACAACACAGCAGUGGAGGUACUGGGGAUUGUGCAAGAUCAUUAAUGGACCCAGACGCACUGGCUCAGACCUACUGGUACUUGCACAUUCAGGACCGGGCCGCUUGGACCCAAGAGAUCGAUCUACGACCCUCCAAUAAUCCCAGAACUUUCUAGCUUGUGCCGACUGCAUGUGAAUUAAAACUAGCUCAACCCGCAAUCUUAAUCAUCAGAAACAGUAAUUACUUGAUCUGUUUUUUUCUUUCUUGCUCGACCCUACAUAUAUACAUGCAUGCUUCAAAAACAACUUGGGUGGAUUCACGGAUCAAAAGCGAUCGCGUCCCCACCAUCUGCCUGCCCCACAAGCACACUUGCUCCUCCAAGUGGCCGGGGACAAGUUAAACCAAGUUGAAUGCAUGUUUCCUACAUCACUCAUGAUGAUUAACUCGUAUUAAUUAGUGUUUAUCUCUUGUUUUUUUGUAUUUGUGGGAUUAGAUACAGAUGUUUGAGCUUAAUCUCCGUAUGAUUUGGGUAAUUGGGUGUGUGUGUGUGUAAUAUAUAUAUAUGGGAAUUAGUGUGAUUAUUUUGCAA